UUGUGUAUUUACGUGGCUAGGCAUAGGAAGAACGAUUGCUUAUAGGAGGGAGAGGUGGUUAACGAUGCACUGUACGCAUACGAGCGCAUCGGAAUGCAUUCGAUUGCGCGAGUAACAGCUCAUCGACGCUAGGGCAAUGGUUUAUUUCUUCUUAAAAGUAAGAAUUAUGCCGCAAGAAAUAAACAGACUGCUCGUUUUGAGGUUUGAGGUUUGUUGAGGUUCUUAAUAAAUACACAGGCCAACGACACGUUUCCUAGGAGCACUUUUACACUUUCAAUUGGAAUAAAAAGUCUAGUUGGAUUUUUUUAGUUCCAGAAUGUAAUGAUAUUGUAAAUUGAAACUCAAAGCUUUUACAUCACUGUUCAUGCACUACAGUUGAACUAUUUCAUGGGACAAAUAUUUGCCUGAAAACUGUUUCGAGUGCCGCAAAAUUGAUUCUCAAAUUCAAACUAAGUAGUUACUUCAAUCUAAUUAACCAAUUUCAACCAGUCAAUCUUCUGUUGCUGAUAAAUUCGGUUGCCUAGCUAUUAAAAUGAUGGACCUUGAGAGUAGUUUAGGACAUAAAAAAUUCUUUCAAAUGUAUGAUCCUCAGGUCCUUGGUAGCAUCUUCAAAUGUAAUAUUGAAAUCCGUGAUGUUAUUUCAAACAUUUUCGUAAGAGUAGAAUCGUCAUAUUGGUUAUGAUAAGAUAAAUUUAACUUACCGAUAAGAAUUGAUCUACGGAUUAUGUAUGGUGGAAAGAUCGAGUGCCUUCUGCAAUGACACUAUUAAAUCAUUUUUGGUUUAUACGAGUUAAUUUGUGCUUAUAAUGUGUCCUCCAAGUAUUUCAUUCCGAUUGAACAAUGAUCUGAUACUGUAGAGGAGCUCUAUUAAUGCUUCAUGAACAUCAUUAGAAUUUAAAAAGACAAAAGGAGCCGACAAAAGGAGGUUUUUGGAGAGAUAGUUUUAAAAAUAUUCAUCAUCUGAAAGACCAUUUCAUCCGUUUUUCAAUGCCUUUUCCAUUCGUUGCUUGAAUCAUUGUCAAUUUCGUACUUAUUUUAAUGUUCUUCAGAGACAUAUCACAACUAAAUAUGUCCUGUACAUUAAACAUAAACAUCAUUAAAUUAUCGUUCCAUUUAAUCGGUAAUCGGUUGUAACAUAUUUCAUGUGCUAUUUUGACCCCUAAUUCACUCGCAAGAAAAGCAAGAUCCAAAGCUGAAACAGUUUUCACUUUCACGAUCAUUGCGGGACGAUCAAUUGGAGAGAGAGAGUGUGCGGCAGCAUGCGUUUCGUCGCGUUGCCCCAUUCCUUAACACAUUGCAUUCGGCGUCAGCUGCCGUCGUUGGCGCGUGAGAGGGCAACGUCGUGCCAAAAAGUGGAGCUCGGCGCGGUUCAGCAUGACUAGAAACAGCGCGCGUCCCACGACCACGCUGGCGGCGACGACGGCGAAGACGACGACACUGUGUUCUAGUUCUAAUUUGGCAACCGUUUGGCUGGGCCCUCGAGGUGUAUGUGUGUGUGUUUGCUUUAAAGAUUUGGCCUACAUUUUUCGGAAGCCUUGUGCUGCUGCUGCCGAUGGGUUGUGAUUUGAAUCGAUUGGGUUUUGGUCCGUUUUGUGGAUGCCGCGUUUUCCAUGCUUUCUUUUCCAUUUCUUCAGGCCUCAAAACACACGCCAAAGGACGCGGGUGCAUCGCUUGUGUGCUUGCUUUACAUUCAGUUUCCUUUGUGUUGUUAAAUUGCUUGUGCAAAACGGCGUGAGUGGAGUUCCGAAACCCCUUCUUUCCCGGACGAAAGGAGCAAUCCCCACACCGCGCAUAAGUCCAUCGUCAAUGUGAUCGCGUUUGUCGCUUACCCACGACGUUUUUGUUUUUGCUUGGCGCGAUGAACAGAAAGGAACAGAAAGGGCGGUUUGAACAGGCGCCGGCCGCACCGAAUCUCCCACCGACCCUGGACGGGCUGAACAAUGUCAGCGAUCUCAUAAGCAAGUUCGAGGUACGCAACUAUCCUAUAAAUAGAGGACUGCUGCCCGAACUAUCGUCGCUCAGGCCGACGCCGCCGGGAUACGCCGGGAUCGUCCCGGGUGCAGCGGAGUGGUACCGUGGUGCCUACCAUUAUUCGCCGACUCAUUCGCCACCGCUCGGGCAAACGCGUCGACGAUCGGCCAACGGUGGUGUUCCGUCGCAGUACGACUCCGCCUAUCUCAGCGAUACAGCCUCUCUCAGUGACGGAGCGGAUAGUGUAAGCCCCGGCGGUAGAAGGAUGGAUGAUCGUGCCCGGUUUCGUGCCCGCCAGGGUGGAGUUUACUACCAGAAUGGCUCACUGUCUUCGCUGAACGAAUCCGACUACUACGAGGAUAUUGGGUUUGAUGUUGGACCACGAACGCCACCCAGUGGACGCUUCUAUGCCCCACAGCAACGCCGUGGUGAGGGUGCCGUCCUGCUGGAGGAAGUUGAGGAGGUGCCGUUGAAUAAGGAGCAGGUCACUAGCACGCUGACCCGCUUCGGUGCCAUACUGCAGAUGCUGUCGCGGAUCCCGUUCCCCCGGAUGUCCGUCACCGGCAUGGGGCUUUGCUCGCUCGUCGCCAUCUUCUUCUGUCCGCGGGCGAUCGGUUCGAAUAUACUGUUUCCCGGUUUCAGACUGCUGUUCGGUACGCUAUACCCGGCCUACGCCUCGUACAAGGCGGUGCGAACGAAGAACGUCAAGGAGUAUGUAAAAUGGAUGAUGUACUGGAUUGUGUUUGCGUUCUUCACCUUCAUCGAAACGUUCACCGACAUACUGCUGUCGUGGUUUCCGUUCUACUACGAAAUUAAGGUGAUCGUCGUCCUGUGGCUGCUGUCACCGGCUACCCGCGGUAGCUCGACACUCUAUCGCAAGUUUGUGCACCCGAUGCUGACACGCCGCGAACAGGAAAUUGACGACUACAUCAAUCAAGCCAAAGAGAAGGGUUACACCGCCGUGCUGCAGCUGGGCUCGAAGGGUGUUAACUAUGCCACGAACGUUAUCAUGCAAACGGCCAUCAAGGUUUUAGGCACUAAAACUGACACCAACACCCCAUUCGGUAGCAUGAUGCGCAUUAGUCAAUCCGAUAACUCACUGCUAAUGAGUGCGGCCGCUGCAGCAGCUGUCCGUGCUUCCGGUGCCGAACCGGCCCGCCCUAACGGCUUACUACACACUAACAUGCGCGAUACGACGGACCAUGCGACGUCGGGCGAAGAUGAGCAUGAUGGGCAAAUGGUCACCGCAGCCACCUCCGGCCCGGCGACGGGACGCGUCCGACGUUCGCAAUCGGUUGACUCGGCACUGAACAGCAGAGGAGGAGGAGGAGGAGGAGGACGGGCAACGAUGAGCUCCAGUCGCAGCAUGACACGUGCCCGGGCGCAGCAGCAGCAACAGCCCGCCAUCAUCUACGAGAUGGACAGUGAGGAUGAGGAACGGUUCCUGGCGUCCGAAACGGAUCUUAUACUGGGGACCACUUCGAGUACUACUACCACCACUGCGUCGUCCGCGGCUGGCGGUGGUAGAAUUCGUGGACGAGCGCGUGCCAUUACCACGGUCAGUGCGGAGGAAGAGUCCGACGGUACGGAAGGUGGCAGUGUGGCCCGCGCCAGUGCCUCGACGAGGGCGAAAGGUACUACCGCCAAGGAGCCGGGACGCGCCAAGAAAAGCACCAAAGCGGUCGGAGUGACUAGUGGGAAAGCGGGCACAAAAGCAUCGUCCACUGCUGCUGCCGGUGGACGGCGGAAAGUGAAUGGGGUUGGUGCCGCCGCCGCCGCCGAGGUGGAGAGUGUAGAGAUGGGCGUUGAGAUGGAUGUUGUGUAGGCAGCGGGGGGUUAUUGCUGGUCGAUAUUAUAGGGCAAACAUUCCAGCAAAUGAUACAAGAAGAAACGAGGAUCAACCUAGCAACUCAGGGCAAUAAUGACAGGUUCAGGGACACUCGUACGUACAAGACGGAAAGGACCAAAACCGAUCCAACCGAUCCCUUAACGAUCGUGUUUUACUAAAGAGAUUUAAAUAGGACGAUACAAAUGCCACCUGUCUUUGCUUUGCAAUGUACUAAUUCAGGGAGCCCGUGCAGAGGGAUGGCUUUUAUGCGGCUAACCCCUUCGAUCCUCUAACGUGCUUGGUUUGUUCUUGUCUUCUAACGAACUUCAAAUUAAUCUUUUAAAAACGUUUGUGCGUGUAUAGUUGUUUCUUUUCACAUUGUCUGUUAAUUGUGUUAUUUUUCUCUUUUUUGUGCACAACUGGGCAAUUGUCGUUCUCUCUUUCUCUCUUCCUCUACUCUCUCUCUCUUCUAUUGCAGCACGUACCAACUGAACAGCUUCUGAAUCUGACGCUCAAAUCAAACGAAUCGUAACUGGUAGAAGAAGUAGUAGUAAACAAACUCAUGUAACAUGAUUUCAUAUACACACACACUCUCUUUUUUUCUCUUCAACGAGAGUUUGAAGGGUGUUGCCGCGUAAAAAAUGAAUUUUGGUGCAAAUCACUGGGAAAUUAAAGAGUAGAACCAAAAUCAACAUCAGCCAUCGUGUGUUUGUUUACGUUUUAGGAUUUAAGGGGGCCACAUGCUAUAUGGCUUAAAUUACGAACAGGUUGGCUUUUCUUUUUGUGCUUAGAACAGAACAAAAGAACAAAUUAGCUGCUUGUUUUGAAUUUAUAGUUUUCGGUUGGAAGCAGAUCUCGAAUAACCUGCCAAGGGAAGGUAGUAGAACAAUGAUAAACACGCACAAAAAUACAGAAAGGAACAGUUUAGGACUGUGACAAGACUUUUGAUGAGGUGAAAGUGUGUAAAGGACAUUAUAGCAAAGGUUAAGUUUGUUUGUAUAGCGCAGCAAAACGAUUUACAAAGGAAGGAUUUGUCACACGAAUUGUUUCGGUAGGAAUAAAUCAUAGCAAAAGCCGUGCUGGACUUGUCAGGAUUACGUUUAGGAUCAAAACGCUCAAAGUAGUAGUAAAUUUAGCUUAACGCAGGGGCAUUUUUUUAUGUGAGAGUUGAGACACGCAGAGCAGAUUGGUACGGUAAUUACGGUAAUUGGUACUCCUUCUCGACUGACCAUUGCUUUAGAAUUUCAAAUUGAUGAUACGAAUAAAGUUAAGCGAAAACGAUGUAACCGGA